GAUUGGUCACUCGGCGGAGACCGUGCUCUGCGAUUGGCUGAGGCGCGCGUCGCUCGGCCGCUUCCAGGGCCGCACUUCCGCCUCGGUGUCAGCGGCCGCAGGGCCGGUGCGGGAGCGCUGUGCUAGAGCUCCUGAAAGGGAAACAACAAGAUGGGAAAAAUAGCAGGAAAAAAGGCUUUUUUUUAAAUGACAUGCCACCAGAACUUCUGCAUGGUAACAAAGAUCAUCUAAAGCAGCUGGGUGUUUGCAGAAGACUUCGACAGCGCACAGAUACUUAAUCUCUAGCUCAAGUUCAACGAUGCAUUAGAGGAGGCUGGAUUGGCUGUACUGAGAUUUCACACUGAAGGAUGAAUAGUGAAGAAGAAUUUUAUGAUGCCGUUACGGAAAUCCUGUAAGAGAGGUGAAAUGUAAAAUGUUGGCAAUGGAGAAUGUAGGGUGCUUAAUGUAGGACCAUGGGGAUGAAAAGAGAAUAAUGGAAAGCAAGAAAGCUGAAGGAAUGGAAGUAGCACGGCAGAUACAAGCUUUGAUUCUGACAAUUCUUCAGGAGACUUUUCAGAAGCAAAUCAUAAAGUUGGAGAAAUGAUUGAUCUGGAUCCACACCAAAGCAAUAGUACUGGGAAGCAAAACGGAGAGACGGAGAUUCAAGAGAAUGGAGUUAAGAGACACAGGACAUCAUUACCUGCCCCAAUGUUUUCAAGAAGUGAUUUUAGUGUGUGGAGCAUAUUAAAAAAAUGCAUUGGACUGGAGCUGUCUAAGAUUACGAUGCCUAUUGCCUUCAACGAGCCAUUGAGUUUCCUUCAACGGAUAACAGAAUAUAUGGAACAUAUAUACCUCAUUAAUAAGGCUUGUAGUCAUUCAGACCCCCUGGAAAGAAUGCAGGCUGUAGCUGCUUUUGCAGUUUCUGCUGUAGCUUCUCAGUGGGAGAGAACUGGCAAGCCAUUUAACCCGCUGUUAGGAGAAACCUAUGAAUUAACCAGGGAGGAUCUAGGAUUUAGGUUUAUAUCUGAGCAAGUCAGCCACCACCCACCUAUUAGUGCAUUUUAUUCUGAAGGCCUCAAUAAGGACUUUAUUUUUCAUGGAUCAAUCUAUCCCAAACUAAAAUUCUGGGGAAAGAGUAUAGAAGCAGAGCCUCGGGGAACAAUUACUUUGGAGCUCCUGAAAUAUAAUGAAGCAUACACAUGGACAAACCCAACCUGUUGUGUACAUAAUGUAAUUAUUGGUAAACUGUGGUUAGAACAGUAUGGAACGGUAGAAAUUGUAAAUCACAGCACUGGAGAUAAAUGUGUCCUUAAUUUUAAACCAUGUGGACUGUUCGGGAAAGAGCUUCACAGAAUAGAGGGAUACAUUCAGGACAAAAACAGAAAGAAGCUGUGUGUGAUCUACGGCAAGUGGACAGAAUGCUUAUGGUGCACUGAUCCCACUACAUAUGAGACUUACAAAAAGAAUGAAAAGAGAGGUGGUGAGCAGAAGAAAAUGAAGCCGAGUGAUGAUGUUAUUAAAUCUGAAAAUGACGAGGCUGAUGAUAUGCCAGAGGUUCAAGACACGGUACAGUUCAUACCAGGCAGUAAAUUGCUUUGGAGAAUAAAUUGCAGGCCACCAAACUCAUCACAGAUGUACAAUUUCACCAGUUUUGCUGUGAGUCUCAAUGAGCUAGAAACGGGCAUGGAAGCAAUAUUAGCGCCCACUGACUGUCGGCUACGUCCGGAUAUCAGAAAUAUGGAAAACGGAAACAUGGAUGUGGCCAGCAAAGAGAAAGAGAGAUUAGAAGAGAAACAAAGAGCUGCUCGCAAGGAACGUGCGAAAGAUGAAGUGGAGUGGCACACACGAUGGUUUCAUCAAGGCACUAACCCAUACACUGGGACUUCGGAUUGGCUGUACUCAGGUGGCUAUUUUGAUAGGAAUUUUUCAGACUGUCCAGACAUAUACUGAAACUAUGGAACCAAUUGCUCAUCUCAUCUGGACAUCUAGUUACUAGAUUUCAUUCCAAGCCAGUUAUUCUGGUUUUGUUGAUAGCAAAAACCAGCUUUUCUAGGUAAAUUUUAACGAAAAUUCUAUCGGUCAACAAUCAAGGAUUUAAUUACCACUAAUGUUGAAUUGCCAAAUAUUUAAAUACUGUUGCAUUCUUUCCUUAAAGCUGCACCUGAAAUUGUCAUGUUUUCACUAAUUUUCAAAGGGACCUUUGGUUCUUCAUUUUUUUCCCCCUAAUUUCUUUGUCAGGAAGAUAUGCUAUAUCUGGUAGAGCACAUAACAUCCUUGAAAACUACAUAAAUAAAAUAAAAUAGAAAUAAUAUCCUUGUUACUUAGUACAAUAGUGAAGAAUCUGAAGUUUUUGGAACUCAGAGCAGGGAUGAAAAGCUAAUAAGGUACCAACAGGAUCAAAUCUAGUAAUGUCGAUACUCCCCGUGAAGAGAUGCAUGUGAGCCUUUCCAUAUGGUAUGUAGCACUACGUGGGGACGGGAGCUCCCGGCCCUUCUCAGUACGAUUCAAUAAUACAGAGACUCGGGGAAACAAAACCCAACCUGAGCUUCUCAGCUGUAGUUGUAUGUUACAGAGUCUUCAUAACUCUUGGACACUGUGAGCAUUAAACUGUAUACCUGUGAUAAAAUUACAUAAAGCAUACGCUAGGAGCAAGGAAGGGUGCUUUCAAAAGUGUGCUUUUCCUGAAGUCAAAUGCCGUUCUUAAAAUACAAGUAGCUUCGGAAGCAAUUGUAGGAAUGUAGAGGUGGUUAUCUUGUAAAAUAUACUGCUUGCUACCACUCGGAGGCUUAAACCUUCUGCACUACCCUUGGCAGCUUUGGCACUAUGUAUGCUUCUAGACUAAACUCUCAUUUGGAAGCACUUAGGUGUGUAUAUCCACACAGGUUCCUGUUUCGGGGAAGUUUCGGUUUGCAUGUUUUUCAUAACUAGGUCAUGUCUGUUUUGUAUGUUGUGAAAACGCAGAAUCAAUCUAAAGCUUUAGCAGACGUAAUACCUAUUACCAGUUUUCUGUGAGCACGUGCUGGCAAAAAAUGGGAUAUUUUUGUUCCAUAUCGAACCAUCAAAGCCAUAUAAUACUGGAAUAAUCCAUUACUGAAUUGACACAUUUGUUUUCUUUCAAGUGUUGCAUUUAGAGGGAAAAGGCGGGGGGACAGGCUUGAAAAAUUAGGUCCAGUAAUUAAAACUAACCCUAGUAUUGCUGCUUCUUUCAUGGAAAUUGAGUAACUGGGUAAAAAUGGAGAGCAGCUAUGCUGCUGUGAAGUUUACAGUAAUUCAGAAGUUGCUGGUGUUAAGCAGCAGCAACUUGAGGAAUUUGUGGAAGAACUGGUUUGACGGAUGUCCAGACACAUCUGUAGUUUCAUCCAAAGAGCAGACUUUUGAAGUGCUGCUCUCCCAGCUAUGGGAUUAAAAAGCAAAAGAAAACCAACAUACUCGUGGAGAGACAUUUUUGUAUCAAGCCAUGCAUCUAAUGUUGGUAUUAACUUUACAUCUUGGAGAGGUUUAGUUUUUGUCUUCAUUUGGAAAAAUAAGAGAAGCUGUAAAACUUUGAGGCAAUAAGUAGAGGCCUAAUCUGAAAUGUGCUUGUGGCAACUUUAUUUUGUUGCCAGUAGUAGUCCUUCGUGCUGAUUGCAGGCCUAGGCUUGGUAGCGGGGUGCAGAUGACAGAGUUGUAUUUGUUCCCGGUAAGUGCAGAGACACUUGACUUUUACAGACAUUGCUGAUCCAUAUGGGACAGCAUAAAAAUAUUUUUUAUAAAAAAAUUGAACUCUAAUGACUGUGCCAGGCACUGCAUCCCCCUUUCCAAACUUGCUGCAAGCAGCGUAGGGAACCCUUUGAGUGAGGACUGAAAGGAUUCAUGUAUUGAGCCACUUUAACAUCUCAUGGGAGUUUAAAGCUUGCUUGAACUACAUAAUAUGUUUAAUGCUGGAGUAGUGUUUUUAAAACAACACAUAAAUAGCAAUUGCCUGAAUGGAAAAACUGUAGAGUAAUUGCUGAUGGAAUACUCUGUUUAUAAGAAGUGUACGGGUUAGCAUCCCUCUCAUUUGAGUUAUGGUUUAAAUUCAAAGACUGAAACCCUUUUCAUUAUGUGAAAGCAUGAAAAGAUUGUAACAACAUGUUUAAUCCAAACUUCAGUUUGGAACAGUUAUGGGAUUUAACGAGAAACUGGGAAGGUUUCUAAAACCUGAAUGCUUCGUUGGUUAUGUCUUUACUCCCUUUGUCCCCUUCCUUUAGUGUGAAGUUUUCAGUAAAAUUUCAUUAGUCCCAAAUCUAUUUUUUUUUUUAAUUUAUUGUUCUUCAUUGACACCACUUACAAAGUAAUUUCCCCUCCCUGCCAACCCGUCUGUGCUUGGCUCACUGCGGGGCUCUGAAUGCUGCAGUUCCAUUGCUCUCAACGUGAAAAAGUUUUAUUUUCGACGCAGAUCUCUCCUCAGUAGUUUGUGUCAAAACAUCAAUAACUUUGCACCUUUUGAAAGAAUGUCACUUUUAUAACUCAAUUAAACACUGUAUAUAAGA